UGUUAAUAUAUUUAUAAAUAAACACAAAAAUGGAUGCUGUAAAUAAAGAAUCUAAUUAUUCGGACGAAAAUAAUUUGUUUUUGAAAGAUAGUCGGGGUUUAUGGAUGCCGGAUAAAGUUAAAUCACAUCUAUUACUCCGACACGGAUAUAUAACUGAGAAAAUUCUCUAUCGUGAGGAUCGCUGCGUAAUUAAGAAAGCCAAGAAAAUUGAUAAUGAUGAUAUUCAAUUUGUUGUGAAAAUUGUUAAAAAAAAUAAGGUCGAUCCAAUAAUUACUUUAAAUGAAAUUAGGUGCUUGCAAAGAAUUCGACAUCAUUUAGUGGUGAGUUUUAUAGAUGCCAUUGAAACAGACGACGCAUUUUACUUGAUACUCGAAAGAGCCGAAAAUGGGAAUCUUCUCAAUUACGUCAACAAACAGAAACAUCUUUCAGAAGUUGAAGGCCGAAGACUUUUUGUACAAUUGUUAAAUGCUAUAGAAAUUUGUCACAAGUAUAAAAUUUGUCAUAGAGAUAUUAAAUUAGAGAAUAUUUUAUUGGAUAAAGAACUAAAUUUAAAACUGACAGAUUUCGAUUUAGCUGCUUCCGAUUGUAAUCUUAAGAAACUGAAUGCUCCUUAUGGAAGCUAUGGAUAUGUCGCUCCAGAAAUAUUGUUGGAACCUAAGUAUAAUGGGUAUAAAGUAGAUGUAUGGAGUGCAGGUAUAUGUCUUUAUGCAAUGUUAUGUGGAAGACUUCCUUUCAUCCAUAUGCAACAGAGAGAUAUAUAUCUGGAGGCAAUUAACAAGAUAACUUUUAGGAUACAAAUUAGUAAUGAAAGUCGUGAUUUAAUCUAUCACAUGCUCAAUCCCGACCCAAAUUUGAGACCGUCAUUGCGAUCUGUGCGCCUUUGGAAAUGGAUAAGGGAACCAACAAAACUAGUCAAUACAUCGAAGUUAUUCGUAAAAUCUAACUCGAACAAAAUUUUGAAAUUUGAUUAUCGACCGGAACACGAAUUAACUUUAAAUCAAAACUCUGCUUCUCAUUUAACUUUCAACAAAGUUUCGAGAUUCGUAAAGAAGAGCAAAGAAAUAAUUGCAAAAUCUGAAAAAAGUGAGUUGAAAUAUAAACUCAAAGAUGCCGACUCCAUACAAGAUUGGAAAUGUUCAAAAAAUUUGGACAAGACAUUAAAUUUACUGCAGAAACGUUUUCGUGAAAAUACGAAGAACGAUAUUAUAAACUUGCACUAUAAUCGUUCAGCAAGAAUUUUUUCCAAUAUUCGUCGCAGAAAGGAAAAUUCUCAUAAACAUAUUCGAAUUUAUGAAAAAAAUAAACAAGAAAAAUUACAGAGUUGGAAAAAUUGGUUUUGGCCUGCAAUGGGAACGAUCCUUAUGAUGAGGGCCGGAACUCUACGUAUCCGUGGCAAAUCAAUCACGAAAAUUUUACAAAUUUAA